GUUUGUGUGGCAUGAUUUAUUGUGUGCUUUACCCAGUUCUCGACUGACAGGACCUUUCAUCUCACGAAAAUGCCUCGAGCUUUUCUCAUCACUCGCCGAAGGUACGACGGCUCUGACCAGUUUGAGGAGACCAUGAGAGAUUGCAGCCCUGAGCGCGGAGUCAGCGUCGCCGAGUAUGGCGGCGGUCAGCCGACCUCGGAUGGGGUCAGCGACUGUGGCAGCGAGACGUCCUCGGAGUGUCCCGAGGAGCUUUACAACCUGACGAAGCUCGCGGAAGUCAGUCUGGCAGCGGCCGCUGGUACCCUGAUACAUCCGGCCGGUAGCGUUUUGUGCCAACGGCCGACGUCACCCGGGUACAAGGACGAGGUCACCUACGAAAUUAACGAAGCAUUGGAGAAACGAACAAGCGACGAACACGCACUCCAAGAACGGACGCGGCUCUUCUUCGAGAGGAUCGAGGCUGAACGAAAGAUACUCGAGCGACGUUCUCCGAGCUCGGAGCCCAAGACGCAGAGGAUACUCCGACUUCCGGCGGCUCGCGAUGAGACCCAAACCAACCACGAGGCCCAUCCGCAGCGCCAGCAUCACUCCGAACCUCGGAGUCCGGCCUCGAAGAAGGCCCAGGUACCCGCCAGCCCUACGGAGACCUGCGGAAGGCCCGAAGAUAACGAGGACCAUGAGUGUCCGGACUGUGGGAAGAGGUACUCCACGUCCUCCAACCUGGCACGACAUCGCCAGACCCAUCGCUCCCUCGGCGAUAAGAAGGCGAGACGAUGUCCGCACUGCGACAAGGUCUACGUCAGCAUGCCUGCCUUCAGUAUGCAUGUCAGGACCCACAAUCAAGGGUGCAAGUGCCAUUACUGUGGCAAGUGCUUCUCACGACCGUGGCUUCUUCAGGGACACAUACGAACGCAUACCGGUGAGAAACCAUUCAAAUGUACGAUAUGCAACAAGGCCUUCGCGGACAAGUCGAACCUCCGUGCGCACAUACAGACGCACUCGAACACAAAGCCGCACGUAUGCGGUCGUUGCGGAAAGGCGUUCGCCCUCAAGUCGUAUCUCUACAAGCACGAGGAGUCGUCGUGCAUGCGGGCGCAUCACCGAGCCUCUUCAGAGAAGCGUGAGAGCGAUAGAAGCAGUCCGAUUCCCAGGAGGAUUUCGGCCCCGGUGACGGCAUCGCCGACGAGCGUUAUAGUUCCGCGACCCGGGCUGAAUCGCAGCGUUUCCGUCGGCGGAACGCCGGAGCCGCAAGCGCCAUCUUUCUCGGCGAUUCGGCACACGAAGACGUCGCAACCGGAAACGGGGCCGGAGAGACUGAUCGUGGAAAAACACUCGAAACGUUUGAUGUUGGAGAAGGCCUUGGAGCAGGCGAAGGCAUCCGAAUCGGAAGUUCAGAGGCCGAAGAGACGCCUCGAAGCCAUCGUUGCCGACGCCUCCGAGUACCGAUCGCAAAUGGUUAUCCGAACUUCGGUGAUAUCCCCGAAUCCUGAGCAUCUCGGGCGGCUCUCCGCCGCCGGCAGUAAGAAGUCACCCUUCGAUUUUACCGCAUCAAGAAGUUCGGCCUUCUCGAGGCCCGGCAUGACGCUCAAUCUCGCUAUCGCGUGAAACUCCAUUGCUCCUAGGGACUUUGGAAGAUUUCGGUUGGCUGCCCGACUUGUCGAGUGUUACCAACCCCAAUGGCGGUGUAACAGAAGUUUCGCGAUUCUGGGGAUAAAAAAAAAACCAGAUAAUUGUCUCGGUUCUCUCAUCGGCUCAAUGGAUAUUUGGAUUCUCAGUUUCGGGUCUGGACAAAGCUGACUAGUGAUAUUGUCGAGUAUGCACGUAUAAUCGUCAAUUACAGAUCAAACAAUUUGAAAUCUGUAGGUUUUUAAUCUAUUGCGAGAAUGGUAAAUGCGUGUACGUAUCCUAUACAUGUAAAAAAAUCAAGAUGAAUAUUAUUCCAAGUAUCUUCCUAAUAGGGACCAUAUUUAGUAGUUAAUUGUCAAAUUAUUAUAAGACAACUGCGGAUUCAUGUGCCUUACAUAAUAUAUACAGCUGCAACGUUGAUAAAAUACGUGUACAGUCAGCCGUACGUCGUUUUGUUUUUAUUUUUUUUUUGUGUUCAUUUAUGUUUUUGUCUGUACUUUUCUGUUAGCUCGUAAUAAUUAUUUAACCUAUAUAAUUGUGUUGAAAAUUGAUGUCAAUUUAACCAAAGGUGUCGAGCAUGUAAACGUCUCAGAUGUUUAAACAUACAUGUAAAUUUAAUAGUCAUUGCCUGUAUUUACGGAAGAGUAAAUACUUUGUUGAUUCAUGGUGCUAGUACUUAAAAUAUGUACAUAUAUAUUUACAUACGAUGUUAAUUGCCGUAAGCAAUAUAAAGGCUCUUCAAGGCAGCUAUAAAUUAUUUUGUAAAUAUUAAACUACACCCUACAGAUUGUCUAAUUGUAAGACUUAUAAGUACAUUAUAUAUUUAUAAGAUAUAUUUUGUAAUUAAUACAAGGUGCCUCAAAAUACUCGUAGGGGUAGUGUCGGAUAUUGCAAUAUCUAAUCAAUAUAAGGGAUCGUGUCCUAUCCAUAUACAUAUAGAACUACUAUUUAAUUGCAAUGAUUAAUAUCUUUUGAUCGGUUACUGUAUAAGUAAUUAUCAGAGUGUGCGCUAGUCGGAAACGUUUCGUGAUUAACCAGCAAAUCUCUUACACUUCUCUAGCUCGUAGUAAUUCUAAUUUUUUAGAUAUAUCAAAUUUUUUGUCUCACUGAAAAAACGAACAAAUUUAUAAACAUAUCGGCAGUUGAACUGCGUGCUCCGUUUUUGCUCGAAAAUUUUUUUUUGAAUAUUACUCUUACGAAUAGCAGACCGAAAUUCACUGUGUAAGAGACUGGGGAAACAGUCACGAGAUGAUCGUAAAUAGUAUAUAUACGUAUGUAUAUUUGUUUUGUGAGUAUAUACACAUAAAAAUAAUAUAUCCAUGUAAAUAAUUUUGGACUGAGUACGUAUAACUAAUCAGAUCUACACGUGUGGCAAAAUUUUUAAACUGUAUACAAAACUUAUCUUGAAAUAGAGUAAAUUUUUGUGUCCUAGUCAUAUAAUUUAUAUAAAUUGUAACUGUGGCAUGUAUAAUAUGUAGCUACGUUUUGCUAAUGCGGUUGCUGAAAAAUGGUCAAGUCAACUCGGUAAAAUAACACAAGCAAGCUCUGUAACGCUUAGAGAAACCCCAAUUUUAAUUGAACGUACAUAUAUUUGUAAAUAGCAUUCCCAGUUAGUACUUAAUACAAUACAUCCAUUAUAUAUUGAUCAGAAUAAUUUUUAGAAUUGUUAAUAUAAUCGUUUAUACGUACUAUAAUUAAUAUACUCGAGUGCGUUGAUAGACAUAAACUUACAAAUUUUUUUACGAAUCGUAAAACUCUUUUCGAUUGCUAUAUAUUUUUACCAACGCAGAUAUGUGUAAAAGACUUUACACGCGCCUUGUAUAAAUAUAUAGCAAGUAAAUAAAUUGAGAGUACUGUGAAAA